AUGGCGUUCGUGACGCUCAUGAUGUUGGCGUCCCCUGUCCUGAUACUGCUCCUGAGGGCGGCAUGGAUCACCCUGUCCUGCUACUUCCUGUCGCCUCUCAGAAUCUGCCGGAUCAUGGCCCGGCAGGGCGUCCACGGCCCCCCUUCGCGCCCGCUCAUCGGCAACCUCCGCGACGUGUCGGCGCUCGUGGCGCAGGCCACCGCCGACGACAUGCCGGCGCUGAGCCACGACAUCGUCGGCCGCCUCAUGCCGCACUACGUGCUCUGGUCCAGGACAUACGGCAAGUUGUUCGUCUACUGGUACGGGAGCGAGCCGCGCCUGUGCCUGACGGACGCGGCGCAGAUCAAAGAGUUCCUGUCGUCCAAGUACGCGGCGAGCGCCACCGGCAAGUCGUGGCUGCAGCGCCAGGGGACCAGGCACUUCAUCGGCCGAGGGCUCCUCAUGGCCAACGGCGCGCACUGGUCGCACCAGCGCCACGUCAUCGCGCCGGUGUUCAUGCCUGACAAGCUGAAGGGACGCGUGGGUCACAUGGUGGAGUGCACGAAGCAGACGAUUCGGGCGCUCCAGGAGGCAGCGUCGGCGCCGUCGCCCGGCGGCGGGCGGCGUCGCGAGGUGGAGAUCGGCGGGUACAUGACUCGGCUCACCGGCGACAUCAUCUCGCGCACCGAGUUCGACACGAGCUAUGAUACCGGAAAGCUCAUCUUCCGUCUCCUCGAGGACCUGCAGCGCCUCACCGCGAGCUCCAGCCGCCACCUCUGGAUCCCCGGCAGCCAGUACUUCCCGAGCAAGUACAGGAGGGAGAUCAGGCGGCUGAACGGCGAACUGGAGACCGUGCUGACGGAGUCCAUCGGGCGGAGCAGGGAGAUCGCCGACGAGGGCCGCACGACGUUGGCCUACGGCCGGGGCCUGCUGGCCAUGCUGCUGGCCGAGAUGGAGAAGAAGAAGCAGGGCGGGGCGGCGGCGGGACAGCAGCAGGAGCAGCAGUUCAGCUACGACCUACAGCUGGUGAUCGACGAGUGCAAGACGUUCUUCUUCGCGGGGCACGACACGUCGGCGCUGCUGCUCACCUGGGCGCUGAUGCUGCUCGCCACGCACCCGGAGUGGCAGGACAGGGCCCGCGCCGAGGUCGCCCGUGUCUGCGGCGACGACCCGCCGUCGUACGACGACCUCUCCAAGCUCACCGUGCUGCAGAUGAUCAUCCACGAGACGCUGCGGCUGUACCCGCCGGCGACGCUGCUGCCCCGGAUGGUGUUCGAGGACAUCCGCCUCACCAGCGGCCUGCACCUGCCGCGCGGCCUGUCGGUGUGGAUCCCGGUGCUGGCCAUCCACCACGACGAGUCCAUCUGGGGCCCCGACGCGCACGAGUUCAGGCCGGAGCGGUUCACGGCGGGCCGGCGCCCGGCGUUCCUGCCGUUCGCGUCGGGCCCGCGCAACUGCGUCGGGCAGGCGUACGCGCUCGUCGAGGCCAAGGUCGUGCUCGCCAUGCUGCUGUCCCACUUCCGCAUCGCCAUCUCCGACGACUACCGCCACGCGCCGGUGAACGUGCUCACCCUCCGCCCCAAGCACGGCGUGCCCGUCCACCUCCGGCCGCUGCGGCCGUGA